GCAUUAAAUAAUUGAUUUUCAAGCAAUAUUAUUCAUAAAAAAUACAAAAUGUCAAGAUACCGCGAAUGGGAUCUUUCGUGCAAAGUUUACAUUGGAAAUUUAGGCUCUUCAGCUACUAAACAUGAUAUUGAGACUCAUUUUAGUAAAUAUGGCCCUUUGCGCAAUGUGUGGGUUGCUAGAAAUCCUCCAGGAUUUGCUUUUGUAGAAUACGAGGAUCCAAGGGAUGCUCAGGAUGCUGUGAGGGGUCUUGAUGGAACCCGUUGCUGUGGAACACAUGUCAAAGUUGAAAUGUCUUCAGGUAGAUCUCGUAGAAUGAAUUCAUCAAGAGGUUCCAGAAGGCGUUCUAGGCACUUUGUCAUUUAACACGUACUUUAGCAGCCUGUAAAUACUGGUCUUUGCUACCAGUUAAUUUCUAUAGAAGUAACAACCCGUCUUUCAAAAUUAUGACAACCACUUUCGCCCAUGACAACAUGUCCAGCCAUUUGAGAUGAACCAACAACAUUGGUUGCACCAUCCAUCUGACUCCUGUUGGAUACAUCUUUAUUUAUUCAUCUUUAAUGCAACUUGGCUGAUCCCCAAUACAACUUUAACAUCAACACAUCAUGCGG